ACGAGGACGACGUCGGAGGGGCUCGUCCCUCGUGGCUGGCGGUGGGGCGCGCGGCCCGAAAAACCGAGGCGCCGCGUAGGUCGGGCACCAAACGCAUCGCCGACGCCACGCCGACAGGAGGUUCCGCAGAACGCGAAACUCCGUACCGGUUCUCUAGUGCGACGACGAGGAUGACGUGGACGAGAACGUAUACGAUGACGGUCUCGAGCACUCUGGCGCUGCUUGCGCUUCUGCUCCUGACUAAGCUGCGGGGGUGCGGGGCCAGUGGCGAGGCCUUCAGCGUUAUCGAGUGGCUGCCGGACGGCGAGCUCCAGAGGACCAUCAGGUGGAACGGGACCUGCGCCCGGGAGGUUCUCGUCGAUUGGGGGAAAACGUAUCUCACGCUCAGGGAGAUAUGGCUGAACGAGGCGCGCCUUAAGCUGAACCUCGUUUACCAAGAGGGCAUAUUAACCGACUGCUCGGAGGAGAUCCGCGAGGAGGAGGACGUCUGCGCCACGGAACCGGAAUGGCUCGAGCUCGCGGCCGAGCAGCGGCUCAAAGUCAAGGCCAGGGUCUACGAGAACGAGACGGAGGCGCGUGAGGCGAUCGCCCGGGACUUCCCUUGGCUGCUGGAUUCGCUCGGGGAGACGCGACAGCGCUGCGACGUCGCCCAGGGCAACGCCGCAGGCACCUUCGCCGACACCAAGGCCGUUGGAACGCGCAGGAAGCGGGGCAUCCGCGAGCUGGUCAUAGCGCCGGGCACCAAGUGGUGCGGGCCCCACCGACUCGCUUAUAGCUACAAGGACCUCGGCGCCCUGGACGGCCUGGACAGAUGCUGCCGACGCCACGACCAUUGUCCCCGGGCGAUCGCGCCCUUCUCCGAGCGAUACGGCCUCUUCAAUUACAUGCCGUUCACGCUCAGCCACUGCGACUGCGACGAGAGAUUUCGAACGUGUUUAAAGAUGACAGGGACGUCAUCGGCCAAUGUCAUUGGGAAGAUCUUCUUCAAUAUGUUUCAAACCAAAUGCUUUGUAAUGAAGCCAUCAAAAAUUUGUAUGAGGAGGUCUUGGUGGGGUAAAUGCGAGAACUUCGAGUACAAAAAGCAAGGAUAUUUAAGGGACAACUUAUCUUAUUAGAUUGUUCAUCGAAAAUAUCGUUUGUUCAAUACAUCAUGGGUCAAUGCGCAAAAGAAAUUCUCAGGACUGAUAUGGCCGUGAUAUUUUAGACGGCUGGAUUUUAUUUUCCAACCUUAAAGGCGAAUAAUUAUCGCGUAAAUAAAAAUACAGAGUCUAGUAAUUAUUCCAAUUUCCGAAUUUACAUUGUAUUUUAAUAUGCACCUCGUAUUUUCCCUUUAAAUAUGUCGUAGCAAAAUGAACAUUAAGAUACUUAAUUGAG